GCCACUGAUACAUUUGUUGCCUCCCUUUUGAGGUUAUGUUGCACUUCAAUAUUCACCAGCUACGAUUUUAAUUUUUACAACUGCCAUUUAUUACUAAAAUAAACCAGUUUGUUAUAUAAACCAAGUUAAAUUUGAAAACUUUCGGUGCUAUUUCAAACCACAAAUAAAGAAGGUUUUAAACCAUAUUUGUGUUCAUUUAUGAUGACCAGUUUGGGGAAAUGUGAAUCGCCCGGUUGCGAGGAGGCUGCAAAGUUACAAUGCCCAACUUGCAUUAAGCUGGGAAUUCAGGGAUCCUUUUUCUGCACUCAAGAAUGCUUUAAGAAUAACUGGAAAAGCCACAAAAUCAUCCAUUCUUUAGCUAAAGGAGAAGGUAGUGAUGCAAAGAAAGAUAACUCAUUCAACCCAUACCCUUUUUAUAACUACACUGGAAAUUUGAGACCUUUUCCUCAAACGCCUAGAAGGACAGUUCCUGCUUCAAUUGGAAGACCUGAUUAUGCGGAUCAUCCACAAGGAUAUCCUUUGAGUGAACAAGCUGUCAAAGGUUCUGGUCACAUUAAGGUUUUAGAUGAUGAGGAAAUUGAAGGAAUGAAAGUAGCCUGUAAGCUAGGCAGAGAAGUUCUGGAUGAAGCUGCCAGAGUAUGUGAUGUAGGCGUCACAACAGACGAAAUAGAUAGAAUUGUCCAUGAAGCCUGCAUAGAAAGAAACUGCUAUCCAUCACCGUUGAACUAUUAUGAAUUCCCGGCGUCGUGCUGCACUUCCGUCAACGAAGUCAUCUGCCACGGAAUUCCAGACACCAGACCGUUAAAAGAUGGCGAUCUCUGCAACGUCGAUAUCACAGUUUAUCACAACGGUUUCCAUGGAGAUUUAAACGAGACCUUUUUCGUUGGUAAGGUGGCUGAAAAGCACAAAGAUUUGGUAAAAGUUACGCACGAAUGUCUAAUGAAAGCUAUCGAGAUUGUUAAGCCAGGCGAGAAGUACAGAGAGAUUGGGAAUGUAAUUCAAAAGCAUGCUCAGGCUCAUGGAUAUUCAGUGGUCAGGAGUUAUUGUGGACAUGGUAUACAUAGACUUUUCCAUACUGCCCCUAAUGUCCCGCACUAUGCCAAAAACCGCGCCAUUGGAGUAAUUAAACCCGGGCAUUGUUUCACAAUCGAACCGAUGAUAUCGGUUGGCACGUGGAAAGAUGAACAGUGGCCCGACAAGUGGACCGCCGUAACUGCCGACGGACUGUGGUCGGCUCAAUUCGAGCACACUCUUUUGGUUAACGAGACCGGGUGCGAAAUUAUGACUCGCCGAAGGACCAAAAAUGGCCAGCCCCACUUCAUGGAUAAAUUAUAGUUUUUAGAGCAAUAUGAAACAAUCUUAUUUUGAUCAAAUAAAUCGUCUGAUAAUAUGUUA